AUGCCUCGAUUCAUCAAAUUCCAAAUUGAUCGGCCCAUCCACGCCAAGCUCAACAACGACAUACUAGAUCAGAGUGCUCACGGAAAGAAUGAAACACCAGAGUGUUGCACCUGUGAUGUCUGCUUCGAGCAGCUCUGCAUUACAUCAAUCGAUGCCAAAGAUGCGGCGGACUCAUCAUCCAACCUCCCCAUCAGCAAAAUCCUAGAGCCAUCGCAACUCUGCGAUUAUAGCUCCAAGGAAAUCGAGGAGUGCUGGAAGAUCCUCGAAGUUGACGGCUGCAAGUGCAAUCCUCGCCGCUGCAACAUCCAUCAAUUCCAGUUGUUUUGGAAAGAACAUCAAGCGUUGGUCAAGGAACUUUCAAAGCUCAUGGAUGAUUGGUGCUUUACUCUCGAAAUUUCACAGCAAUUGCAGAAUCUUCAAGAUUUCAGAGAGCGACAUCAUCAAUUCCGCAAGAGACUCAGUGACGCAGGAAUUCGUCGCAGAUAUCAAAAAUACGGAACUGUCGAUUUCUUGUCACUCGUAUCAAGCGAGUGA